AUGGUAGGUACUGCGGGGCACUUAUGCGUAUGCAAUGCCGACUUCGACGCCACUAUCAAUGCAAAUGGAGACGUCAAAUGUGAGGCUUCGUUGGAGAGCGCUCGCCAACUUCCCUCAGGACCGCGGAUCGAAACUGGAUAUCUGUCUGAUGAGGAUGUGUAUCGGCACGAGUACCCGUCAGGUAGAGACGAAGAAAGAAAACACAGAGGCCGCUUGGAUGGGGAAUCAAGCCGUAGAACUGAAGGCAGCGCAGGGAACACAGACGAAGGAAGGCGCACAAACCAGGGAAGCGGGAAAGAUUCAGGACACGCCGGAUCAGGGGGGUCUGGUCGGAGCGAGCAGAGCGACGGUGAUGCUGGUAGUGAUGGCGCAAAAUCUGGAGGAAGAAAGGAAGAGAAAGAGGAAGGUAAGGGGGGCCCUGCUGCCGCCAUUGCGGGAGGAGUUAUUGGUGGCUUGUUGCUGCUGGGAGCCGCCGGCGGUGGUGUCGCAUACGCCAUGAAGCGUAAGAAGGCAGAUGAAAGGGACCAAGUGGAAUACGAGUCUGGUGGAGGGGCGCGCGAAGACUCUGAGGACGUCGAAGUGCUCGUUGAUGUGGACGAUAAAACGUGGGAAUAG